AUGCGUAAUGCAUUAAAGGAGGAUCUUGGAGCGACGGCGGCCGAACUUGUAUACGGCGCCGGAUUGCGUUUACCCGCGGAAUUGUUCCACGCAAGCAACCAAAAUCCGACUUCAGACUUCGUUGAAGCUUUCAAAAAGCGUAUCAAUAACGUGAAGCCAUCACCUACACGACGACAUAGCGAAAAAAACGUCUUUAUUUUUAAGGAUUUAACUACUACUCCUUACGUCUUUUUGCGUCACGAUGCCAUACGAGGUCCAUCCGACCCUCCGUACGACGGGCCUUAUAAAGUCCUCGAACGUAACGAUAAAUCUUUCGUUAUCGAUAUAAACGGUAAAAAGGUUCGCGUUUCUAUCGACAGACUCAAGCCCGCAUUUAUUGUAUCCGAUGACAUCGAAAACAAUGUAAAUAAUAAAUGCAAUCGUGAAUGCUACGACGAAGUGGACUACGAUAUCGUAGUACAACGUAAUUGUGAUAAAGAUACGCCUCCUUUUGAAAUCGUCCCUGCACCUGAUAAUACCGAGCAGCUUGGACCACACAACAUCAAUUGUAAUAACAACGAAGCGCCUGUUAAUGUUCAACAGCCAUGUCCUGCUAACAAGAACCGCUUUACCACUCGUUCUGGACGAAAUGUUCAUUUUCCAGACCGUUACCAAGCUGGUUUUUAA